AAUAGACAUAACAAGGCUCCCAUGUGACCCCUCUUCCCCUGCUCACUGAUCAGAUCCACCAAUUCCCAAUUUAUAACUACCUAUAUAACGUAUAUAGCACAAAACAACAUGGACCACAACUAGUGGUAAGUGGUGGCGCUUGUUCUACACUCGCCACCACAGAGAGUGGAGUCAAACAGAUUAUAUCUCAUCUCAAUAUGAAAUCAUUAUAAGAAGCAUCCAUCUUACUUCUCACUGAAUAUUUUGUUCUCACAAACUCAUCACCCUCUUUAUUUCCUCUUUGCUGUUAUGUUACUAUACAGAUAAUGUAGUAGUGCAGAGAGUAAUAAAGAUGGGGAAGAGAAGAGAGAAAGAUCAUACAAGAUCAUCCCAAACACUGCCUUCUUCACCUUCUCAUUCUUUUUCUUCUUCUUCUUCUUCAGAUUUUGAGUUCACUAUCUCUUUAUCUCCCCGCAAAUCGUCAACUGCUCUUUGCCCAGCUGAUGAACUUUUCUACAAAGGCCAACUCUUGCCUCUCCAUCUCUCCCCUCGCAUUUCCAUGGUCCGUACACUUCUUUUAGCCUCUUCACGCACAUCUUCCUCUUCUGACACUACCACCACCGCCUCUCGCGACUCCACUGGCAGCUCCAAUGAUUCCACCUCUUCUUUCAGUAGCGACCUUGUCUUGCUUGGUGAGUGUGACUCUUCAAGACCUAGCUCAGUCACUGAGUUAGAUGAUGAGUUCAAGAGACUUAACACCAAUUACUCUCAUUUUCAAGGCCAUCAUCACGUUUACUUGAAUUCUCAAAUCAAGAAAACCAACAAGUACUUUUCUCUAUCAAGAUUCUCUUCUGUUUUCAAGAAAGACCCCAAGAACCGCGAAAAUGAAGGUUCUAAUUCGGUGAAAAGAAUGAGUGCAACAGCGAAAGAAGUUAUAAGAAAGUACUUAAAGAAGGUGAAGCCAUUGUACGAAAAACUUUCUCAGAAACAACAGCAAAAAAUGGGAGGCAUAAACAAUCUAAAUCCUACCCCAGCAGCACCAAUAAUAAGCAGUCUAUCUUUCCCUAUAAAAUCAGAGAGAUCUGAUGUCGUCUCAGUCAAGAACGCAAGAAAAGAAAGCAAUGGAGGGAUCUCUCACUCUUUCUCAGGAAACUUAAGGUACCCAAGAAGGAGAAGCUGUGUAUCAAGCUGUCCGUCGUCCAUGCGAUCGUCACCAAGCCACUCUGGCGUGCUUUGCAGAACCGGAGUGAUGAAUUCAGGCACAAGUAGAGUUAGUGGCGGCGGAAUGCAUUAUGCAGCUGAUACUUCAUCAAUGGAGGAAUUGCAGAGUGCUAUUCAAGGUGCAAUUGCUCAUUGCAAGAACUCCAUGAUGCAAAACAAGACUAUGAUCAGUAAUGAAAUCUAAUAUUAAUUUGUUGAGAGUAUUUUAUUAACUGAAGAAGAACAGUUUAAGCUAA